AUGAGAGUCCACACAGGAGACAAGCCAUUUCCUUGUGAACUUUGUGGACAAAGAUUUCCUCAGAAGUCAACUUUAAACUCUCACAUGAGAGUCCACACAGGAGACAAGCCGUUUCCUUGUGAACUUUGUGGACAAAGAUUUAGUCACAAGGCAACUUUAAACUCUCACGUGAGAGUCCACACAGGAGACAAGCCGUUUCCUUGUGAACUUUGUGGACAAAUGUUUAAUCAUAAGACAAAAUUAAAGAAACACAUGAGAGUCCACACAGGAGAAAAGCCAUUUCCUUGUGAACUUUGUGGACAAAGGUUUAGACAGAAGACGCAUUUAAACAGACACAUGAGAGUCCACACAGGAGAAAAGCCAUUUCCUUGUGAACUUUGUGGACAAAGAUUUAGUCUGAAGGCAUAUUUAAACUCACACAUGAGAGUCCACACAGGAGACAAGCCAUUUCCUUGUGAACUUUGUGGACAAAGAUUUAGUUGGAAGACAUAUUUAAACACACACAUGAGAGUCCACACAGGAGACAAGCCAUUUCCUUGUGAACUUUGUGGAGAAAGAUUUAGUUGGAAGACAUAUUUAAACACACACAUGAGGGUCCACACAGGAGACAAGCCAUUUCCUUGUGAACUUUGUGGACAAAGAUUUAGUCAUAAGACAGAUUUAAACAGACACAUGAGAGUCCACACAGGAGAUAAGCCUUUUCCUUGUGAACAUUGUGGACAAAGAUUUAGUCGGAAGACAAAUUUAGACACACACAUGAGCGUCCACACAGGAGACAAGCCAUUUCCUUGUGAACUUUGUGGACAAAGAUUUAGUCGGAAGACAAAUUUAGACACACACAUGAGA